AGCCCCAUGUCCACCGGUGGCUGGAGCUCUCGGCUGUGGCAGCAGUGCCACCUCCUGCCGAGCUCAGCACGGAGCACAUUAGCAGCCCGUCGUGCUGCAGCCGAGAGGAUCACGCCUCAUAUUUACCGCACAUGACCUGGGACCGGCGGACAGGUUCCGCGCAGAGCACCAACUAGCUGACACCCGGGAUGCGACUCAUUUGUUCCUGCCUCUUUUGCCCUCACGCCGGCCCCGCCGAUCACAAACACAACAGCCUCGUCCGCUUGUACUCGAGACUGUUGUCGGCGAUGAGGCACUUGGGGAGAAAGUGAGCCUCGCACACGCAAUAAUGUAGGGACGGCGGCUUCAACCGUCACUCCGCAGGAAAAGCAUGUGUAACCAUGAACUUCCCACGCACAUGUACAGUUUUUCAUCCACCGCUGCGGCGCAGAGGCGACCGCGGCAACUGCAGGAAAAUAGCCAGUCGCUCGAAUUAGAAACCGGAAAAUGGGUUAAAAAUCCGUUUCAUCUCAUGUUUUUAUGCUGAACAAUUCCUCGCCUGCAGCACCCAGAAGUGAACAGCAGGCGACCCGGAAGGUUUGAAGUCCGAGAGAGAGCAAGCAGAGAGAAGAGACAAACCUUUACCAAAUAGGCUAUUUCUGCACUCGCUGGUUCAGGAUGGCUGAGCCUCGCUUUAAUAAUCCCUAUUUUUGGCCUCCACCUCCUGCGAUGCCUGGCCAGCUGGAUAACCUAGUCUUGAUCAAUAAAAUCAAGGAGCAGCUGAUGGCGGAGAAGAUCAGGCCGCCACAUCUGCCCACUGCCUCAGCCCCUUCCCAACAGCCCUUACUGGCUCCCCCCAGUCAGGUAGAAAGUGGCCAGCAUGGGAUGUCCAAAGCCCAGCAGAUGCAACUUCUCCACAGCCACAGCUCGUCUCAGCCUGAUAUCGCCCUGCACGCCCGCCCCGCCUCCAGCUCAGUCGCAGGUCGUAUUCUGGGGGAUGUAAACUUGAAUCUGGACGAUAAGGCAGCUAUAAAAGCCAGAGGUUUAUGGGAAGAUUGGCAUCUGCGUCAACUCAUAGAUCAUCCCUCCAGGACAAACCACGUCUCAGGUGUGGCGCUGGCAUCCAGAACAGGCAACCUCAACACGUCAGAGAUCAUCACCCCCACCACGCCCACCUCCAGCAGCCACAGUCGGCUGGGCGGAGCUCCCACCCCUCACCUCAUCUCAGGGUUAGCCAGCGGCCACGGGAUGGAGCCUGGGAAAAACAGCGGGGGUUUCGUGGGACUCCUCGGGCCUCCUCCAAAGGAGGAACGAGGCCGUAGGAAGAUCAAAGCAGAGAAUGGGUCUUCGUUGUUGGUGGUGCCCUACCCGAUCCUAGCCUCAGGCAACGACCAGUCCUGUGUUACCAUCACUGCCAAAGAGGGAAAAACCUACAGGUGUAAAGUUUGUCCUCUGACUUUCCUAUCCAAGUCAGACAUGCAGAUUCACUCUAAAACGCACACAGAGGCGAAGGCUCACAAGUGUCCUCACUGCACUAAGUCCUUUGCGAACGCGUCCUACCUGGCCCAGCACCUGCGCAUACACCUGGGCGUGAAACCUUACCGCUGUUCCUACUGUGAGAAAUGUUUUCGACAGCUCUCCCACCUGCAGCAGCACACAAGAAUCCACACAGGCGACCGGCCGUAUAAAUGCUCCCACACAGGAUGUGAAAAAGCUUUUACCCAGCUAUCUAAUCUGCAGUCUCACCAGAGGCAGCACAACAAAGACAAACCCUUCAAAUGUUCCAACUGUUACCGUGCCUAUUCAGACUCUGCCUCGCUGCAGAUCCACCUUUCUGCACACGCCAUCAAAAACGCCAAGGCCUACUGCUGCAGCAUGUGCGGCAGGGCGUACACCUCGGAGACGUACCUUAUGAAGCACCUGGCUAAGCACACAGUGGUGGAACAUGUGGUGUCCCAUCACUCCCCUCAGCACAGGACAGAGUCACCCACCCUCCCUAUACGGAUCUCCCUCAUCUGAACUCCUCACCCGUUUCCUUUGCUUCUCAUAAGAGACGUUUCCUGUGAUAUUUUUAGCGUUCUUCUGAUGGACUUUGAACUCAUAAAUGGGUUCUAAUAAUGUGCCAGAUUGUACUUGUAUCUUGUGAAGAGGUGCUCUUUUAAUGAGUAUAUCCUCAUUUCCUUUCAUGCUGACCAGACAGUAUUAUCGGGGACGUCCAAAGAUGAUUUCUCAGCACUUUCAGGCCUGGAAAUGACGGGCCUAACAUUUCUUUUUCUAUGUGAGAGAAAAAAGGUAUUGCUCUAGGCAGCUACAUGGAAGAUCUUUUAAAAUUUUAUUACGUUAUAACAGAUUACCUUGUCUUUUUUAUAUGGUCCUUUACUUUCUUUACUCAAGUCUUUGCAAAAGAAAUAUAUUUGCAUCAGAAAUAGUCUUCCUUUAGCCGGGUGGCCAACUGAACAUUAAGGUGAAUGCUUGUAUGAUGCGUAUUCAUGUAUAUUGUGCCACGUCUUAUGUCAGUGUUUGCAAAGUUACACCAAUCAUGUGGUCAUAAUGCACACAUAAAUAAUGUGUUAACAUUUUUAUUCAAGUAAUUUUUUUUUUUUUUAAUUUAGAUAUAUAUUCUGCAAUGCUCAAGGCAAACGUGAGUAAAAUGUUCUAAAUGAUAAGCAUCGUUAUAAGGUGUUCCAUAAAAAAUACACUAAAAAAAAUGAAUUGAAAUUGAUGCAACUAAUGUGAGAGAUUCUAAUUUCAAAAAAGUGCUAUGGGAGUGAAUCAAAAAUAUGUAUAACACACAAUACAUAAUUUCUGUGCCAAAUUCAACACAAUGAAUGAUGCAGUUAAGGAACUUUUUUGUCCACUUUGUUUUCAAUUGGGUGUGCAAAUUAAUAAAUGUAGUCAUAAGACUGAAAUGUUACACCACCAUUCUGCUGCUGCCACACAGAAAUAUGUGUUUGUUUCCUGAAAAACAUUAACAAUGAGGUUCCUACAUUGGGUUUUCAGCUAUAAUGUGUAAUGGAAGCAUCAACCCUAUUUGAAUAUUCAUUUUCUAUUGUUUUAUGAAUAAACACUUUUCCAUUUUAUAUGCAUUUAAGCCUUAACUUUGGUAUAACUUUAGGAUCCACUUAGUUGUUUUAUCACUUUACAUUUGCCUUUUAUGUCAUAGCAUGAUACACACUGUAAAUAAACA